UCUCAGCCAAUCUACCUCCUUUCUCCACCACAAAUCUCCAAACUUUUCAAGAGAGGUCCUUCUUGGAAAAGAAAAACAAAAUCCUAAUGGCUUCCAAAGCUACAGCCUCUCUUGCCUUCCUCCUGUCUCUCAACCUCCUCUUCUUCUCCCUUGUCUCAGCUUGUGACAAUUGCUAUGUCCCUGCCCCACCCAAGCCCAAGCCAUGCCCUCCUCCAAACCCAACCCCUUCACCUGACUAUGGAAAGUGUCCUAAGGAUACCCUUAAAAUCGGCGUCUGCGCCAAGCUUCUUCGCGGCCUCGUCGACCUUACCAUCAGCAAGCCCCCAGUGACUCCAUGCUGCACCUUGGUUGAAGGCCUUGCUGAUCUUGAAGCUGCUGUCUGCCUUUGCACUGCCAUUAAAGCUAGUGUUUUGGGCAACAAGCUUAACAUCCCUGUCCACCUUAGCUUGCUCCUUAAUGUUUGCAAGAAGAAUCUCCCCAAUGGAUUCCAGUGCUGAUUUUAGUGUCUCUUUUUCUAUUCUUGAAUUCUUCGGUGUGUUUUGAUGUAUGUGGUUUUCCAGAGCUGUCUAAGUUUUAGAAUUUAUUACAAAUUGUUCUCAUCAGUUGUUUAAUUUUCUUCGUGGGAGUUAUUCCUUUUGGAGUUGAAAGGUUUCAAUAAAAUUGUCAUAUCGAUGAAUUUUUUAUU